AUGGUCCUGGCCAUCGGUUCCCUGUUCUUGUUUAUGACUGGAUGCAUACUGUUCAGAUUUUCAUUGGACAGACUUAUGAGUGCGGUGGUGGAAGAUGGCUAUAGUUCACGGUGUGACCUAUGUGACACCGAGGUUGCACAUAGCAUGGCAGAACUCCUGCUCCGUGGAUUGGCCACAGCUUCAGUGGACAGCACCACGGGCGAUAUAUUCAAGAGCGCAUCUUCUGUAGUUGCUGCUGUGAAGACCGAGCUAGAAAAUUAUCUGCUUGUGAGAACUGAAUCGCUUAUUCAUGAGUUUGUGGAUGGAGCCCAGGAUCAUUCAUAUCAAUUGAUGAAAGCGUCCACCAGGCCGACCGAGUUCCUAUCAGACUUGAUUGAUGACUUCGUGGCUUCCAAAAGGAACUUGCUGAGCCAUGUGUCUGGGUUUUUGUCUAGUGAAAGCCGCUUGAACAAAAUUAAAGAUUUUAUGCAGAAGAUGGAGAUGGAGAAUGUGUGGACACUGGACGUAAGGCAGGCUACUGCAGAGACUAUUCUUGAAAGCAUAGACAUGAAGUGCAUUUUCCACUGUCCCGAAAAUUUUGCUGAGCAAGACAAGCUGGCUGACCAUAGAAGUCAGUGCAAAUUUAGAGUAGUGGACUGCAAAAAUGAUGGAUGCUCAAUUUCACUUUCUGCCAUUCAUAUCGAGGAGCAUGACUCCAUCUGUCCAUUUAAGGCCCUGCCAUGUGAGCAGCUGUGCGAGCAACAUGUUAUGCGUUGUGAGAUGGACAAACAUUGUGCAACAGUUUGCGCUAUGAAGCUUAUUAACUGUCCUUUCUACCAUGUUGGAUGUGAAACAGCCUUUCCACAAGGUAAUCUUGAGAAUCACUGUUCGAAGCUACUUCAAACGCAUCUGUUGUAUGUUCUCCAAGCAAGUACAAGACAAAAUGCUGCCGUUAAUGAUAUGAAUCAACGAUUACAACUCCUUGAGAAGGCUCAGUCACUUAACCAAAUCUCUGGGGCUUUAGAUGUUAGGUCCCUCACUCUGAUAAUAAAGGAGCAAGAAGCAAAGAUCAAGAAUCUUGAGAGUGGUAUCAAAGCACAAGAGGCAAAGGUGAAGAAGCUUGAGAACGAGUUUAGGUCAAGGAAUGCAUGA